AUGAUCGCGUGCCCGUGGCUUGGGCCGUCGUCCGGUGGACUUCAAGGUCGUCAAGAAGGGACCCGAGAUGGCGAUGCACGACGCGACUGCCCGCCUCGCCUUCGCAGCGUCGUGCGGCAGCCGGGCGAGUGGCAAGCAUUCAGUGGAAAUAGUUUGGAGCAGACUCACAUCAUUUUCACUGCAGAAGUUAUAUCUGCUUCUUCAAGUCGAAAGGAGGUACAUGUGUUCAUCUCACCAAGAAGCACCGUUGAAGAUUCAAAACCAAGCUACAGGCUCAUAGGAAGUACAUUCCGAAGAGCGUGCACAAUAAUAAAGGGGGACUCCAUCGUUGCUCAGACAAAUCUCUUGUACAAACUCAAGAAGACUAUUUUCCCUGCAAAUGAUAACAUACUUGUCAUGGCAAUGAUUGUUACAUUCUUUGUCGAAAAAUGA